AUGGCUUCGAAUUCUCAACUUCCCGACAACCAGGAGGAAAUACAAAGAGAGCUAAGUCAAUUACUCAGAGGCAUUCAGCACGACAUCACUUUAGAGGGAGUCUUGUCCAUUGGCAGGGAUGGAGUUUUGCGCUCCCUAACUGCAGACCGGGAGGUUGUUGAUGCCGUUGGGCUACGUCCAGAGCUAAUCAAAGCCAUGCUCGAUCGUAUGCCAUUUAACCCGCAAAACGAGAUUGACUAUCGCGGUGUUGAUGGGACCAGUGUCCCGCGUGAUCAGUGGUUUCAUCCCGAUAGGAAAUUACUACCACUGCCCUUAAGUGAGGAGAACAGAAAAGGGCCUUUUUCGGCAGAGCAGUUGGAGAGAAAUCGCGAGUUUCUCCAGCAGAGGGCCGCAAGGAAGAGCUGUCCCAUUCGUAUUCGCUCUGACAACGACUUGGGUUUGAGGAAGUCAACAUCGAACUCCUAA